GAUCAAUCGACACCAAUAUCUGGGAUGAAAGAGCCCUUCAGUGCCUUCAAAGAGCCUCGGACACGUUACUCGAUCCGCUCAUAUCUAACGUGACCACCUUCCAGCUCAUUACCCUGUGUGACUGUCUGUCAAAGAUGACCCAGCGAGGACUUGAG